GCUAGAAACGUGUACACGUGGGGAUAAAAUAUGGCUACCUGUUUGUCGCAGGACGGUUUCAGUCUAAAUCAGAAUGAACAAUUAUUGGAAUUUAACCAACAAUUUCUAAUCGGUAUCACAAUUUAAAAAGCGACGUGAAAUUAUUGUUCGAGAUCCAGCGUCAUGAAGCUCGUGGGACUGUUGUUUCUCGCAUGGGCCUGGUUCGAUUCUAGGUCGCUGGCUAGUGUCACUUCUUCCUCUUCAUCGGAAAGUAACAACAACCUUGACUCCUCAGAUAGUUUACACCUGAAUAGCUGCCGACAGUGUGUGAGCGUGACUGACCACGAAGCAGCCAGGAGACUUAAAAUGGAAGCAGUCAAAAAUCAAAUUUUGUCCAAAUUGCAGCUUCAAGAAAGACCAAACAUGACUAACCCAUUGCCCCGGAACGUUAUGCUUCAAGUACUUCAACAUGCCUAUAAUCACGAGAUAACUGAAGACUCGUUGCAAGACCAGGCAGUACCGGAUGACGCAGAGGACAUGUCUGAAGAGAAAGACAAUUAUUAUGGCAGAGUUUCUGAAAUCGUAGUAUUCUCAGAGCCAGGAGGAAGGAUAAAUGACUACGUUCUCUUGGACUUUUUCCAACCUGUUCACCGUUCUCCACAGCGUAUACGUGUAACGGCAGCAUUUUUGUGGGUUCAACUCCGUGCUAACCCAUCUCUGGCCCAGCUCGAACAAGCGGGACUGGUUAACAGUAGCCUCACUCUUUAUGUGUUUAGGGUAGAUGAGCCUCCUAACGGUACUAUGAAUGCUCUCAACUAUUCCUUAUUGGCCCUGAAACGGAUAGAGUCAUCUCCUGUAGGGUGGCAGCGACUAGACCUUUAUCAGGUAGUCCAAGAAUGGUUCAAGGCCUCCGAGACUACAAAACUCACCCUCCUAGUUGACUGCAAUGGAUGCAACUCUUCGAUAGAACCAGUGUUGUUUAGCGGAGUUGCUGGAGUGGGAGGAACUAACCAGUCAUCAGAAGCGGGAGUCCGACCGUUUUUAUCUAUAGGGACAGAAACAGUGCCUCAGCGACGAUCUCUGAGAUUCACCAAGACCUGUAAAGCUCAUACGACGAACUGUUGCGUGCAGUCGCUUUUCAUCAGCUUCAGGAAACUUGGAUGGGAAGACUGGAUAAUUGCUCCUAAAGGUUACCAGGCCAACUACUGUAUGGGCCGAUGUGGACGGUCCCCGCGAACCCCAGAUACUUAUCCAGACUAUUGGUAUUACAGCCAAGUGAUGGAUGAACAUCGUCGGAGAAAUCCCUUUGCGUCCAUCACACCAUGCUGUGCUCCCACUAAGUUGGCAUCCCUCUCCAUCAUCUAUGUAGAUAAAGAUAUGAACAUCUUUCAGUCGACUUUACCGAACAUGAGAGUUGAGGAAUGUGGUUGUACCUAAUAUAGCCAUCAUUUCAAUAGAAACUGUGGAUAAAAAAACGCACCAUCUGAUAUUGAAGACUGUUUCUGUGACUUAAUAGGAGGAUUAGCAUAAAGAACAAUGUUAAAAGUGUAAAACUAGAGUAAUAAAUUAAACUUUUAUUAACUUUGUGAAUUAAGAACCCUUUCUUAGAAGUAUGACAACAAAAC